AUGCAGGCUGAGGAGAGCGUUCCAGAGAGCCUCGCGCCCACCGUCGACUGCGACGUCAAGCUUCUUCACCCAGCCUUCUCCUCGCCCGACGCCGAUGUCAUCCUGGGCACCGACGGCGCGAUGUUCCGCGUCCACUCGUACACCCUGCGGACGACCUCUGGCUGGUUUCGUUCCAUGUUCUCUUUGCCCCAGACAACCCCCUCCGCCAACUCAAAUGCGCCCGCGACGACGCAGAACGAAAUCAUCUACAUGGAGGAGGAUGCCAAGACGCUGGAAUUGGUCCUCCGAAUCAUAUGUGGCCUCCCCGUUCCUCAGGUCGAUUCUUACGACAUGAUAGAUGCUUUGCUCUUCGCAGCAGAGAAAUACGACAUCCCCGCCGUCAUGUCCAUCGUCCGUAUCAUGGUCAUGACCCCGACUCUGCUGAGCGAACCAUUUCGCCUCUACAUCGUUGCUUGUCGCUUUGGUUGGGACCACGAAGCCAAGCUCGCUUCCACGCAAACGCUCUCCUACAACCUCCUUGACAAGGAAAUGCGCCCCCUUCUCCAGCGCCUCUCUGCAAACGCGCUGCUUGACCUCCUCGAACUCCACCGAACUCGCCGGGAAGGCCUCUGCCAGCGUCUAAACGAGCCUCCGUUCGUAGCUGGCGGGACGGCAUCGUGUUCGUCAUGCAACGGCCUGAUUGAUUACCACACAUGGAGAGAAUUGAAGUACAAGAUCAUUCUGGAAAUGGACGCUCGUCCGCUUGGGGACACAGUGCUGGAAAAUGGGCUGCAGAGUUGGCCAGAAGCUCACGCCUGUUGGAGUGCAAAGUGUCCCAACAAGGAUUGUGAUCGCUUCUUGUACGACAAGGCAGAAACGAUUCGAGUUAUUUCGGAUUGCAUCAAGAGUCUUCCCAAAAGCAUUUGA